UUGUUUGGUAGUUCUGAACUUGUAUAUUGACACCAUUUAUUUUCUCUCCGUACCUUUUCCAAAGCCAAAUGAGAAAACAGAGGUAUCUGCAACAUACCUACCUACCUACAAAGAUUUUUACUUUCUUGGUUGAAUUUUUCUGCAAAAUAAACCCUUUUUUUUUUCAGAUGUGUUCUUGUACAAAAGACAUUAAUGACAGCUGAAGAAGUUUGAAAACUUUGUGAGAGGUUUUUGGAAAUGAUCUUGGGGUUUUUCAAGAUUGUUUCAAAGGACCUUGUAAAAAUGUUUGAAAAUUGUUGAGAGCUGAGUACUAAUUCCUUCUUGGGGUUUUCAAGAUUCUUUGAAAGACAUCUUUAAAUGUCUGAACAAGCAAAGGUUCGUUUGGUUCGUUGUCCAAAGUGUGAAAAUUUGCUACCUGAGCUUACUGAUUAUUCUGUUUACCAGUGUGGGGGUUGUGGUGCUGUUUUACGAGUUACAGCUAAAAAUAAAAAUGGGGAGUUGAAUAAAUUUGUAGAGAAAUCUGACGAAGAAACUGUGGAGAAGCCUGAGAAUUUUGAUCUUUCAGAGAAGAAACUUAUGAACAUGGCUGAUGGUUCCGGGUAUGAUGUCAAGUCAAAUGCUAGUUCUUCCAGCACAAGGGAUAGGAGAAGGGCUUUGCGGGAUGCACCUGAAACUUACAGGGCUAAUUUGAGGAAUGUUGCUGAUAAUUGGGCUGAUGAGGAUGAUAGGGUGAUGUAUAAGACUAACAUUGAUGAACAAAGACAAGAAAAUAUGGCCAAUGAGUUUGACCCUUUUGACUCUCAGAAUGGAAAAGAAAUUGAAACUCGAGGGAUAGGCCGAGUUACUCCAUAUAGGAGUAGUAGGCAGAGAAUUGAGACAGAGGUGUUGUCUAGGUCUAGAAGAGCUGAUCGUGAAGGUAUGAGGUUAUCAUCCUCCAUUAACUCAGAAGAGGGUCCAUUGCGCUACUCUUCAGGAUCGAUUUAUGAUAAUGAUAAGAGGUUGUACAGGAAGGAUGUGGAUGGGUCCAAUCUGGAUGAACAAAUUCAAGAAAAUAUGGCUAAAGAAUUUGAACUUUCUGACUCCCGGAACGGAAAAGAAAUUGAAUCCCGAAGAACAGGUAGAGUUCCAGAUUGGAGAAGUAAGGAGAGAAGUGAGGCAGAGGUGUUGCCCAGGGCAAGAAGAUUUGAUCCUGAAGGUAUGAGGUACGCGUCCUCCGUUAACUCAGAAGAAGGUCCUUCUGGCUACUGGUCGGGUUCAAAUUAUGAUAAUGAUAAGAGGUUGUAUAGGAAGGAUGUGGAUGAGUUCAGUCAGGUUGAUUGUCCAGUUGAUGAGCGAGCAGAGCUAUUGAGAAAGUUUGAUGAGCUAAAAGAGCAGCUCAGUCGGUUUGGUGAUGUGUCUGAGUUGCCUAACGAAAGAGUUCCACUUGAAAGGAGGAUGGCUCAUCAUGAAGGCUAUGGAAAUCCCGUUGAUCGGUUUCCUGAAAGCUCUACUAGGAUCUUGAAUGGAGCUUUGGCACAAAAUCAUGUUUCUGGUGAAAGACCUCCCUACCUGAACCACUACAAUGCGCCCUCGCCUUUUAUGAAUUCUCAUGACAUGGCUGGCGGUGGAUUUUAUCCUCCUAGAGACCGUAUCCAGGGAUAUGGAGGUCCACGGAGGUCCCAGUUGCUUGGUGGAGAUCCAUACGAAGCCCUAGCUCCGUUUCAAUUGCAGCCCUCUCAUUCCCGUUUUUCUGGGCGGUCAAUGGACAAUGAAAUCCCACCUACAGAUCCUUAUCGACCUUACCCGCCUCAGGCUAAUCUUCAUCAUCCAUCUUGCAAUUGUUUUCACUGCUGCAACUUAAAUCAAGUCCGUAGACGAGGUCCACCCACUGCUUUUGGUGAGAAAAGGUUCUCUGACAUUUCACAGAACGCAAUGUUCUACCGUCAUCAAAAUAGUGGUGCAUUUGGUAAGCAAGAUUAUAAUCCUCGAAAUGCCAAUCCUCUUCCGUUAAAGCCGCAGAAUCCUCAAUCACAAAUGGCUCAUUCUGGUGACCUGAAUGCUGCUGUAGGUGGUUUUGCUCGUCGACUUCCUCCCAGGGGUCAGCCUAGUGGACAAUUAUGUCUACCUGUGGCUGGUGGAGCCCCAUUUUUAACGUGCUUCAAUUGUUUUCAGCUGCUGCAAUUACCUAAGGAAGUUUUUCAUGGUGGUAAAAGGCAAAAAAUGAAAUGUGGGUCAUGUUCUGCAGUUAUGGUUAUUGCAGUUUCAGACAAUAAACUGACUGUUUCUAUUGAUGAACGAAUAGAUAAAAGCACUAAAAAGACGGGUCAUCAACAAAGAGUCAUGUUGAAUGAAGGGAAUCGAUACUCCAAUGGACAUACAAACCGUCCUAGCAUGACCUUUUCCUCUGAAGAUUAUGAUACUUCUAAAUAUGAUUUCCUUGCAAUGGAUCAAGAACUUACGUCACUAUCAACAGGCCAUGGAAGUUCCCUUAAAUCUGCUGAGAUGAGAAGCCUUUGUUCUACAUCUUCACGCAGUUCAAGGGAAGAGGACAACCUCAAUAAAUUUGCUGCAACAAUGGAAAAGUCUAACUCUGAGCUGCCAAUGAAGGUUAAAGAAUCUCCACCACCAGCUGGUUCACCACUGCAAGAGUACUUUGACCAUUCUAACAAAUUUCAUGUUGCCAACCGGCUGGAUCAUGGAAACAGAAGUACGCGCUCAGAUGCAGAGAAGCUGAUGCAGAAAAAGACUACUUCAGAGCAAAACUCCACGAAAGAUUUAGCUGUAGCAACUGAGAUGGACAUACCGUCUAAUGAGUAUGGUAACACUAGCUCGUCUUUAGGGUCUGGUGUAUAUAGUAAAGAAGGAGACCAGCUGAAAGCCACUAAAGCAUCAUUUUUCUCUGGCAUUAUAAAGAACAGUUUUAAAGAAUUCAGCCGAUCUGAUUCUUCCGAUGGGGAAAAGGCCAAUAUUACAGUUAAUGGGCAUCUUAUACCAGAUCGGUUGAUUAAAAGGGCAGAAAAGCGUGCAGGACCAAUACAACCUGGACAUUACUGGUAUGAUUUUCGAGCUGGAUUUUGGGGAGUGAUCGGUGGUCAUUGUUUGGGCAUUAUCCCUCCAUUUAUUGAAGAAUUUAACUAUCCCAUGCCUGAAAACUGUGCUGGUGGAAGUACUGGAGUAUUUGUCAACGGGAGAGAGCUUAACCCAAAGGAUCUGAAGUUGCUUGCGAGUAGAGGCCUUCCAGCUGACAGAGACGGGUCUUAUAUUCUUGAAAUUUCUGGCAGAGUCCUUGACGAGGAUUCUGGUGAAGAGUUAGAGAGCCUGGGAAAACUUGCUCCGACCGUUGAGAAAGCAAAGCGUGGUUUUGGCAUGAGACCUCCAAAAGUAGAAGCAUAACUACCAUAAAAAAGAGUUUGGCCUUGCUAGGAGGCUGCUUACAAUAUACGGAAAAUCUGGAGCUGCAGUGCUUGACAGGUGAAUGUUAGGUUACUGUGAAGGAGACGUGUAAAAUGGAACUUAGAUUAUUUUUAUUUUGUCGCGUGCCAGUGAGAAAUUUGUGUCUUACAGAUCUAUAUACUUUCUUCUUCGUCUUCUCUGUCAAUGUAAAUUCAUUAAAAUGUAGUUGCUGUGUGCACUUGUGUAGUAUUAAAGAAAGUUGGUCUGGCUACUGAAUCAUGGCUAUAUGGUUGUGCAAAUAUUGUAUUAAAAAACUCCUUUGCACUGUUAGCUUUCUAGCUUUAAUGCAGAUAUUUUCUCUAA